AUGGCCACAGGGCAUUCCUGUGGCAGGCGGUGUGCCAACCUGGCAGCGCAGCCGGAGCAUCCGCAGCACGGCAGAGCCGCUGGAACCUCCCCGGACCUGCGGCAGGAGCGGCUCCUGCAGCAGAGCCCCGCAGCGCGGCUGGAAGCUCUGCCCGCUUCGCCCGCAGCUCCUCCUCGGCCCCGCCGGCGCCGCUCCGCAGAGCCGGGGGUGACAGGAGAGACAGGCUGUGCCAGCCUGACUUCUGCUGACGCCUGCACUUCCCGGAGCUGCUGUGCCAAGCGUUUUCCUGCCAGCUGCUCACCCGUGCGGCUGCGGCCGUGUCUCUCUCUGCCCGUGGCCCGGGAGGUGCCCGGCUCCUGGCGCGUCCCCUCCCUGCGAGUGGCCGCGUCCCCCGAGCCCCGGCUGCCGCCCGCAGCCCCUCCCCAGCCCCAGCGCGGCACCGCUGUGCGGUUCCGAUUGCGGUGCCGCGGCCCGGGAAUGGUUCCACCGUUGCCAAGGGCAGAACCCGAGAGCUCGGACCUCCCGCACCUGCCCCGCGCGGUUCCAUCUGUAGUGUUUGUCCCAGCACUCUGGCCAGCGGGCAGGAGCCGGCCAGCCUGCCAGCUGCUCCUUCAUCUCCCCCGCUUCCCAUCCCAGCCCAUCGCAGCCCAUCCCCGGUGUGUUUGUCCCGCAGGCACGGUGCUGGCCCUGCCGGCGGGCGCGGCGGCGGCUCCGGUGCCGGGCAGCCCGCUGUCGGACCGGGAGUACGAGCGGUUCUUCUCCAGGCUGCACCCGCCCUGGCAGGCCAACAUGUUCUGCCUGCUGCGCCAGGCGUACGGCUGCCUGAGCCCCAGCAUCCUGCGCCUGGACCAGGCCGAGAACCACGGAGAAAUCCCCGAAGGGCCAGUCUGCUCUCAGUUUUCAGAGGUGGUGGAGUUCCAGACCUUCUGCCAGUUCGCCCAUUACCGCUGCCUCAAACAGCAGUUCUUCAUCAAGCGAGUCCCAUGUGCGAGCGAGUCUCCCACAAGCCCCUCCCCGGUGGAGCCAUCCAGCACCACGAGCCCCUCGGUAGAGGGCAGAGCCUCCCCCGUCACACCAGCUCAGGAACCGUGGCCGACGAAGCCCCCCACGGCCGUGCCAAAGAUGCCCACGCCCUGGAAGAGGAACAGGACUAUGCACCCACCAAAUCUCUGGGCUGCCACCCCACCUUCCAGGACGGAAUCUCCCGAUGAACAAAACCUGAGAAAAAGCAUCUGGCAGCUGAUCCAUUCGGCCCUCUCCUUGGAUGCAACCUUGGACAACAAGGCCUCCUCUUGGAACUCCACCAGCUCGGACCCAGGACACACAUCAGAGCAGGAAACUCCCCCCCGAGGCAGCCUUCUAGCCCUGCAGAACGAUGAGGCCCUGCUGGUCCUGUGCUACGCAGUGCUGGAGGGAAAUUGCCUCUCGUCGAGGCUCACCAUGGCCUGGAAGGAGAUGGAAAAAAGAGUCUUUGGGUUCGGAGACUCGGUGUGUGACAGCCUCGGGCGGCAGCACGUGGACCUGUGCCCCGACUGCGCUUUCUGCUCGCUGAAGAGGGAGCAGUGCCAGAACAUCGAGACCCUGAACCGCGUUCACUGCGACUCGGGCAGCUUCUCCGCCUACAUCAACCCCGAGAUCUCCGCCCAGCACGGGCACGUAGAGGACAAGUCCAUGUCCUCACAGACGCUGGACGACUACAACAUGAACAUUUUGAGAGGGAUGAGGAUGGAGUACUGGUGCAGCCGGAUGGCCGUCUAUGGCUGUAAGGAACCUGCCGUGACCCUCUGGCUGAAGGCUGAGUAUGAAACCUUCCCAGAUGCGGAUAGCUCGGGAAAGAUCUGUGACUCGAGUGGGGUUCAGCAUCCCAACUACUGCAUGUUCAAGAGCUACCAGUGCCUCCUGAAGAGCAUCUACAACGAGAGGGUGGUUCGUGUGAAAUGCAGCCGUAACAUGGCCUACCAGGUGCUGAGUGCGAGGGAGGGAGACGAGGAGGUGCAGCUGUGGCAAGAGAGGUUCCAGAGCCUCUCCAAGAAGCAAUCAGAAAAAUGAUUAAAGUUUCUAAAGACCAUCAAGACAGUCAAGGCCUUUCACCAAAUACCACCAUGCCCUCCAAACCAUAUCACAAAGCACCAAAACCACUUGUUUUUUGACCACUUCUAAGGGUUCCUGGGGGAGCCUUUUCCAAUGCCUGACUACCCUUUCAGUGAAGAAAUUUUUCUUUCUAAAAUCUGCCUGGCACAGCUUGGAGCCAUUUCCUCUUGUCUUGUCACUGGUUUCCUGGUAGAAGAGAUCAACUCCCACCUGGCUGCAGCCUCCUUUCAGGGAGUUGUAGAGGGUGAUCAGGGCUCCCCUGAGCCUCCUUUUUUCCAGGCUAAACAACCCCAGCUCCUUUUGCCACUCCAGACCCUUCACAGGCUUUGUUGCCCUUCUCUAGACACACUCCAGCAUCUCAGUGUCUUUCUGACAGUGAAGAGCCCAGAACUGGACACAGCACUGGAGGUGUGGCCUCACCAGUGCAGAAUACAAGAGAACAAUCCCUGCCCUGCUCCUGCUGCCACACUACUGCUGAUCCAGGUGCCAUGGGCCUUCUCAGCCACCUGGGCACAGCUGGCUCAUGUUCAGCUGCUGUCACCAGCACCCCCAGCUCCUUUUCCCCUGGGCAGCUUCCCAGCCCCUCUGCCCCCAGCCUGUGCUGCCACCUGGGGUUGUUCUGACUGACAAGCAGGACCUGGCACUCGGCCUUAUUGAACCUCACACAAUUGGCCCCAGCCCAUCAAUCCAGCCUGUCCAGACCCUCUGCAGAGCCUUCCUGCCCUCCAGCACACCAAGACUCCCACCCACCCUGGUGUCAUCCAGGAGCUUACCCUCAAUCCCCUCAUCCAGGCCACUGAUAAAGCUUUUACACAGGACUGGCCCAGUACAGAGCCCUGGGGAGCCCCACUGGUGACCAGCUGGAUGUAAACCCACCCAG